GAGAAACCAGAGGCCGCAUCCUCUGACCUCAUGGAGGAAGCCUGCGGAGACUUUGCAUGACAAGCAGGUUCUUUCAAGGGGGAAAAUCCCAACCUGACAAGAAGGUUUUAAAAGAGGAGAGAGACCUGGAGGUCUGGGCGAAUUCCUCCGGAAGAAACUGCUGCUCAGCUGCUCAUAACACGGGAUCUGAGACUGGGGCUGUUGAGGUUACAAGAUCAUCAGUUUGGACACUGACCGACAUGGAGCUCCCAGGCGAAGAGGAAUGGACCACAGCUGUUUCACUCCCAAUUUUCAGGAUGCCGGAAACGGAAACGGACUCCUACCCCGUGCCUUCUCUCGGGUCCAACUGCACCAUCGAGGACAGUAUUCUCCAAGUGAUUCUCCCGGUGGCGUACUCGUUCAUCUUCGUCCUCAGCCUGCUGAGCAACGCCCUGGCCCUCUGGACCUUCUGCUGCACCGCCUCGCGGAAGAACUCCAUGGCGGUGUACAUGAAGAACCUGGCCGUGGCCGACCUCCUGCUGUCCCUCUGCCUGCCCUUCCGGGUGGCCUACCAGAACCGGGAGGGUCCCCGGACCCUCUGCCUCCUGGUCGGGAUCUUCUUCUACCUCAACAUGUACGUCAGCAUCGCCUUCCUGGCCCUGAUCAGCCUGGACCGGUUCCUGAAGAUCACCCGGCCCUACCAGCAGUUCAGGAUCCACACCGUGCGGUGGAGCACCUUGGCCGUCUGCUCCGUCUGGGCCGCCACGAUCCUCUUCACCGUCCCCUUCUUUUUCGAAAAGGUCACCGGCGACUGCGGGGCCAGGUGUUUCCACUUCAGGAGUAAAAACGUGACCGGGGCCGCCCUGAACAUGGCGGUGGUGGUCAUCUUCUACGUCCUGCUCCUCUUCUUCCUCUUCUUCUCCAGCAGGAUCUCCGACAAGCUCCGGCAAGUCUCCCGGGGGGAGGUGCAGCCCCAGAGCGGGCGGACCAACGGGCCGGCCAUCACCAAGACCCUGGUGGUGCUGAUCAUCUUCAUCCUGUGCUUCACCCCUUACCACGUGGUCCGGGUGCCCUACAUCCUGGCCCAGGUGAACGUCAUCUCCAGCCAACCUUGGAAGCAGAAGCUGCACCUGGCCAACGAGCUCAUGCUCUGCAUCUCGGCCCUCAACAGCUGCCUCGACCCGGUGAUCUACUUCUUUCUGUGCGCCAGUUUCCGCCGAGCGGUGGGGAACGCCUUCCAGGGCAAGAUGAAGAAGGCCUUCCUGAGGCACCAGAUGUCUUUCAGUAACAACAGCAGAUCCUUCAUGGACUUCUAGACCGCCGUCUCCACCUUCGGCCGGGUUCCCAGGCCCCCGUAUGCGGAGUGCCCCGCCCGAGAGAGCCCGGAAAGCCGCCCGGGGAGCUGAGGCGUCGAGGGAGGUUGUCGCGGGCCCGGAACGGAGCCGAUCCUGAGAGGAAGGCGGCAUUCAUCCGUGGCGCCUCUCCCCAGCUUGGGCUCUUCUCAGCCGAGGGGCGGGGGUGAAGUUCCCUGGCUGUAUUUCUUUGGAGGAUGGGGCUGGGGAGGGCAACUUCUUCCGCUUUCUCCGAUCCUCCCACUAAAAGGCCCCUGCUGAGGAGCGGCUGGACGGAGCAGGACAAUGGGCUACUUGGGGCGAAACGAAGAACGAGGCCUGAGACUUUCCAAGAGCUAGUCUUUCUGGAACUGAUGGUUUGUCCCGGGAUCUCAAGGACCUCUUCAGAAUGUAGAGAAACAAAGAUCCCUACGUGGGAGAUUCCGAGACCUGGGCAUUUGCCCUCGGGAUCCUCUCUGAUCCGGAGGCGUCCAGGUGCCUUUUCACUGACUAGGAUCUGACACGGGGAUAAAGGGGCGCUUUCCAGGCAUCCUCAGUCUGACUGUCUCUACGGACCAGAACGAUUUAGUGACAGGCUGCAACAGUCCCGUAGAUCUACGAUCUGUAAAUAAAGAUGAGCCUUGAAACAGUU